GUCUUGUAGCGCAUAUGACAAGUGCUGGUUGUUUCUUCCAGCCAGCAUUUUGACGAUGAGCCAAACAACUCUCAGAACAGGCCCGCGGGCCUUGGCUCACAUAUCUCGGACCGCUGCUCAGCGUUCUUCAGCACUUCCGCUGCAAUCAUACAGGAGCCUCGCAACCGUUGCCCCAACGGAAAAGGAUACGUCAGAACUUGACCAAAUUACAACACUUCCUAAUGGGCUUCGAGUCGCCACGGAAGCUCUCCCCGGCCAUUUUUCAGGCAUCGGCGUGUAUAUCGAUGGCGGAUCACGGUACGAAAACGAGCAUCUUCGUGGUGUUAGCCACAUCGUAGACCGUUUGGCUUUCAAAUCUACUAGCUCCCGAUCGGCCGAUGACAUGAUAGAGAAGUUGGAAUCUCUCGGCGGAAACAUGCAAUGCGCUUCUUCUCGAGAAUCUCUCAUGUACCAAUCAGCUACCUUCAAUUCGGCUGUCCCCACGACGCUGGGGCUACUGGCCGAGACAAUCAACGACCCGCUGAUCACGGAAGAGGAAGUUCAGCAACAACUCGAGACUGCUGACUACGAGAUUGGAGAAAUCUGGUCAAGACCCGAGCUGAUAUUACCGGAACUGGUGCAUAUGGCGGCCUAUAAGGACAAUACACUUGGAAAUCCAUUGUUGUGCCCCAAGGAGAGAUUGACAGAGAUCAAUCGAGACACCAUCCUCGACUAUCGCAAGGCCUUUUUCAAGCCAGAGCGUAUGGUAGUUGCCUUCGCGGGUGUUCCUCAUGAUGAGGCCGUCACGCUCACCUCAAAAUACUUUGGUCACCUCCCGAAGCAGAUAGAGCCUGUUUUCUCGAGCACCGCCUCAGUCUCGUCUGAUUCUCUUUCUGGAUCCGAAAGCGGAUCAGAAGCCUCUUCGCCAUCAUCCUCAUCAUCCAUGUCAUCUUAUUCCUCCCCGAGCCACCCGUCAUCCCCUCAGUCAUCAAAUAUUCUUUCUAAGAUCCCUUUCUUCAAGAACAUCUCCACAUCCGCGCCUCAUGGUGCCUCAGUCUCAUCUCCGAAUCUGGCGGGUACCCAGCCUUCCCCACUGGAUCUUGCUUCGCCCGCACACUACACUGGCGGUUUCCUCUCACUUCCUCCAUUGCCGCCACCGAUGAACCCUGCUCUUCCUCAUCUUACUCACAUUCACCUUGCUUUUGAAGCGCUUCCCAUCUCCUCUCCCGAUAUUUACGCCCUCGCUACCCUUCAAACUCUCCUCGGCGGAGGAGGUUCCUUUAGCGCUGGCGGGCCAGGCAAAGGAAUGUAUUCACGUCUCUAUACCAACGUGUUGAACCAACACGGCUGGGUUGAAAGCUGCAUAGCCUUUAACCAUUCUUACACCGAUUCUGGUCUUUUCGGAAUCAGCGCCAGCUGCAUCCCGUCUCGGGUUCCGCAGAUGCUCGAUGUCAUGUGUCGGGAACUGCAAGCCUUGACGCUGGAAACCGGCUACCCCUCCCUUCAGACCGUUGAGGUCAACCGGGCCAAGAACCAGCUGCGCAGCUCUCUGCUGAUGAACCUGGAGUCCAGGAUGGUGGAGCUUGAGGACCUUGGUCGGCAAGUGCAGGUUCACGGCCGAAAAGUUGGUGUCAGAGAGAUGUGCCAAAAGAUCGAGGAAGUCACCAUCGACGAUCUCAAGAGGGUCGCUCGAACGGUUUUCCGAGGACUGGUUCAGAACCCCGGCCAGGGCAGUGGUGCUCCCACAGUGGUCCUGCAGGAGGGUGAGGAUACCACCGCAAGACGGCGGCCAUUUGCCUGGGAUGAGAUCCAAGACAGAGUCUCCAGAUGGAAGCUUGGCCGGAGGUAAAUUUAUUCUGACGGUAAAAAUCAUUUCUGCAUAUUGUGGCAUUUUUAUUUUCUCCCCAAUCAGGUGUAUAUUUAUUUAAGCAUUCAAACAGAGGAAGUCGGUUGUAC